UUCGUUUCAUACAUUUGUCCGUUUGGUCUUUCAUUGGGUUCUUCUACUAUUCCUAAAUUUGUAUGGGAGGAACUUUCACCUUUAUACGAUGCAUCUUCAGAAAUUACAAUGUUACUUUUAAUGAGGAUUAUUUGGACUGAUUCUCGAUUUUUCCUAGCUUCUGUUAGUAAAGUUUUUGAGCACGAAAGAUGGGAAGUGAGGUUUGACGGGUUGGACAAUUUAUAUGGACUCUUUUCUAAAUUGGAUGAAAAAUUUGAAUUGCAAAGAACAGGCGUCUUUGCUUACCUUGGGCCGGUUUUUAGUUAUAUGAUUAGUUUAUUGUGGGAUCCUGAGGAAUAUGUCAGAACGAAGACAAUAUCAUAUAUCAGGACAAUGCAACCCAAAAGAAUCAAAAUGGCUUUUAAAUGUUGGGAAGGAUAUUUCAAGGUUGCAUCACAACGUGAAAAAACC